AUGAAAAGGGAAAAUUCUUUUCACAAAAAUCCUCAUGAUGAUCCUAACAUUAUUGGGAGCAGUCUACCUCAACCAGAAAUAAGAGUCAAAUUUCCCAAGUUACUGAUGAAAUCCAUGCAGAGAAGAAGAAAUCAUAGGGGCAGUAAUGGAAGCAACGUUGAUCAAAAGGAGGCGACCGAAAACGGGGAUUUUCUUCGAAAGAGAAUAAGUUUUAUCACUUUGAGUGCUUGUAGCAGCAAAAAGGCUCAAGAAAUGUCUUCAUCAGGUAAUCAACCACUAGAAAUAGACAAUGCAGAUGAUUCAAUUUUGAAGAAUAUUCAAGAUUCAUGUGAAGAAAAAAUCCAUGGAGAAAAUUCUGGUGAAGUUGAUAAGAAACUUGUGGAAAUGCCCACAAAAAUCUCCAGAUUUAUCAGAAAGAGGAUUGGUGUCCCUUUUAGGAAAUUGAAGCUUGAUGAAAAAAGCAAUGAUGAAGCCAGUCAGAAAAAAUGUUCAAAGAGUCUUGAUGAAUUUCGACGCAAAAAGUCUAUUUAUAGAAGGAUUACAAGUGGAAAGAGCGUACUGGAGAAAGUUUUAAAAUGUGAUGGAGGAGAAGAAGAGGAGGAAAGAAGUGAAGUGGAGUUAUGCAAGAAGAGAAUUCUAAUGGGAGAAAAGUGCAGACCAUUGAAUCUCUCUGGUGUCCUUCAUUAUGAUACAGAUGGAGUUUUGUUACCUGAAGAAGUCCUAUGA